AUGUCGACAAGAUUAUACUUUGAUAUCGAAGAGCAUCAGUGGCCAUUAGUUUAUGAUGAUAAAUACAAUGUUUCGUUUUGCGGAUUUGAAAGAUUCCAUAUAUUCGACGCAAAGAAAUGGCGUAACAUAGUUCAGUUUUUGAAAGAGGCCAAAUUUAUAAGUGCCGACUGUCUUGUGAAACCAAAAGAAGCCAAGGAAAAUGAUUUGAUUGUGGUUCAUACAAAGAAAUAUCUGAAAUCUUUAAAGUGGAGUGCCAAAGUUGCAAUGAUAGCCGAAGUACCUAUAGUUGCUUGUGUACCAAAUAUACUGGUGCAACAUGCUUAUUUGAAGCCUAUGAGGUUACAAACAGGUGGAUCUGUGUUAGCUGGUAAACUUGCUCUCGAGCGUGGGUGGGCAAUAAACAUUGGUGGUGGUUUUCAUCACUGCAGUGGUGAUAAGGGUGGAGGCUUUUGUCCGUAUGCAGAUAUCACUCUACUAAUAAAGUAUCUUCUAAUGUAUAGAAGUGUACAGAAUGCAAUGAUUGUGGAUUUGGAUGCUCAUCAGGGUAAUGGAUAUCAGCGCGACUUUCUAGGUGUCCCAGAAGUUUACAUAAUGGAUAUGUACAAUAGACAUAUUUAUCCUAAAGAUGAGGAAGCAAAGCGAGCGAUUCGAAGGAAAAUAGAGCUUGGCAACAAAGUCGAGGAUCUUGAGUAUAUGCUUAAGCUGAGAAAGAACUUAAAAGCGGCAUUAAACGAAUUUAAACCAGAUAUAUUGGUUUACAAUGCAGGCACGGACAUUCUCGAUUCAGACCCACUCGGUCACAUGAGAAUCAGUGAUAUUGGUAUAAUCAAAAGGGACGAAUUCGUCUUUGAGAUAUGCAAGUCGCAUCAGAUCCCAGUUGUGAUGCUGACGAGCGGAGGGUACAUCAGACGGACAGCGAGGAUCAUCGCGGACUCCAUAAUUAAUCUGAAGGCUAAGGGUCUUAUUGGUAAUGAACCUGUAUCCAAGAGUUGUGGCGAUUAA